GCACGCCCAUGUUCAUUGUUCUGUCAUCUCGACAUUGCCUGCAUAAGCAGUGGCGGCUGCGGAUUGUGUGCAGACGUAACCCCACCUCCUACAUUUGACCGCUUCCAUCUCAUGAGCGCGACCUCUGCUACGGAUAUUCAAGUUCACAGUAGGCCGGGACCGCUCUGAGCAAUGGUGAACAUACCGAACGUGGUCGUUCUUGUGGCUCGCGUAACCAAGAACGGCAGCGUGACCAAGCCUGAAGAACAGCCACUCCGGUCCUUUCGAGCUGCAAGACUUGUCGGUGACCCCCGACGAUUUCUCUUCCUUUCUACCUUGAAAGAGGGCUUCGACUCAGACAAGCAAGGUAUACAAGCACUUCUCAAGGAUUGGAUCGCAAAUGGUAUCCAAGUGGGGGGUAUUCGGUAUACUUGGCUGGGUUACAGUGAUGUGCAUGUGAAAGCCGGGAAGGUCAUAUUCUUCCGCGAAGAUGCAAAUUGGACUGUGCGUCGCUUGCUUCAAGAGAUUGGCGAUGUGCAUCAGGUCUUCCUCGAUCACGGGCACGGAAAGUAUGCGGCACGACUUGGCCUCUCUUUCUCGUCAACCGUGGAUGCCAAGGAUGUGUACGGCCGCACUGUGCUCCUAGACGACCUAAGGGCUCGGGAUGGUUCAUUGCAUACCGAUGGUUGCGGCAUGAUCAGAGCUUCAUACGCUCGAGAGCUGUGUAACACUCUACACAUUCCCGAGGACACCUCAGUGUUUCAGAUCCGUUGCGGAGGCGUGAAGGGACUUCUCUCCGCAUACCCCGACCCCGACUUCGAACGCCUCUGCAAUACGGAGAACAAGAUACUUAACAGGGAUAUCGUUGGCUCUGAGGUCGUGAUUGCCUUUCGCCGCUCAAUGCUGAAGUAUAAUGGCGGCCCCACAAUGCUGGAGAUCAACGAUCAUUGCAGCCGUCCAGGUUCCGCACGACUGAAUGAAUUCAUUAUCCUGCAUCUUCUGACUCUCGGAGUGGCUUGGGAUGUAUUUCGCAAGCUGCUCCUAGACCAACUGGACUUCAUCGGAGCUAUUGCGAACGAUCGAAACAAAGCAUUGAGAGCAGUCAAGGGAGAAUUGGACGCUUCCUCCACCGUGUUCGGCCAAGACCUCUACUCCUUAUUGCUCGCAUGUCAGGACUUGAAAGAACCCUACGUGCAGUGGAAAUUAAGUCUCUUUCAGCAAAAGCAGUACGACAAUCUACGCGAAAAGCUCAGCAUCGCCGUGGAGGACUCCGCGUACCUGUUUGGCGUUGUCGACGAGUACGGAAUAUUGGAAGCCGACGAAGUGUUCAUAAACAUACCUGGUCGCAUCGGCGUGCUUGCAAAGCCGAGUAUAAUGGUUUGCAGAAACCCUUCGUAUGAUCCAGGAGAUAUUCGCACAUUCCGUGCUGUAUAUCGCGAAGAGCUAAAGCAUCUGACUAAUUGCAUAGUCUUCUCUAGAAAGUCACGGCACUCUGUCCCAGAUACCAUGGCAUCAGGGGAUCUUGACGGUGAUAUGUAUCUGACGGUGUGGGACACGAAUCUGGUACCUCAGUCUGUCCGUGAUUAUGUAGAUCGGCCAGCCUCAGCAAGCGCGGCAAGCGGCACUGCGCGUAGCCGGAAUGACCAUGUAGACAUGGCUCAAGCCGCUAUGUCAACGUUCAUAGAUCAUCGCUUCAACGGACUACUAGGAAUCAUGGCGACCGAAUGGAAGCUGGCAGCGAUCUGCAGCCCGCAUUUGACAGACGAGCCGCAUGCGCGGAAGCUCGGAUUGCUCACUGAGUCUGCUCUGGACGCAAUCAAGUCUGGCACGAAUAUGCAGGAGUUGAAGCGUAGAUUCUUUGCGGUCCGCACACAGGCACGUAAUGCCGCGGCAAGAUACCGUGAUUUUAGGAAUCCUCUGAAUUGUCUGCGCGACCUCGUCCCUCGCAAGGACGGGGCAAAGAUAUCCUCGUUUACUUGUGACGAUGCACUGCUCAUUCAAGACCAAGAUCCGAAGGUGUGGGACGAUGUGAUGCGGGAGGCCCGUCAGGCCAUGCGAGAAUUCAACCGGGAGCUGUCCCAAGCUUUGAGAGUAGAUGGCGAGUGGAAAGACGAACAAUAUGGGGACACUGAACGAAACAGCUUCAGAAAUCAUCGUCCCAAACACGCUGAUGACGUCACAAUGCGCUUUCGCGAGCGUUACUUUGGAGGAGGAACAUUUGCGGAGAUGUACGUACAGAGGAUGAGAGCUUCCGCGUGGUACCAAUACGGGUAUAGCGAGGCCAAACAAGCAUUUGCCUGGCUUGGAAUAAGCUAUCUCAAUGAAAUCCGAGCCGUAUGGUCCAGCUAUGGCAAGCCCGUACUCUACGUAGGAUCAACAAAUCGUCCUACGCACCUUGAGUCGAGACCGAUAUCGGCCAGCAGCAGCAUCUCACAAGAGUCUACACUUGUAGCGGGUGAACCUGCAAGCCACGAUGGACACAGUCCGAAGCAGCAAUCCGUUACCAUUGUCUCCAAUUCCGAUCGAAGUGGUGAUCCGCAAUGCACUUUGACGAACAGCACGCCGCGCUCCCCCGUGGCGUCUAUCUUGCCACCGUGUAACAACAAUGAACCGCAUGAUUGGCGACUCUUCUCUGCGAAUGGCACGCAACGCACGUAUCUCUGCGGGAACUGCGGAAUCAAACCCAAGGAAAAGAAGAAAGACAACCGAUGGCAAGGCGAUCCUUCUUGUUCUACAGUGUCCCAGCACGGAGCACCUGCUUCCUCUUCCUCAAACACGUCGAUUAUGGUUGCCUCUACGUCCGCGGCUCUCGUCUCUGAAGACUCUACGGGUCGGGAGACAAAUCUGACGACACGCAAACCUUCCGGCGCGUCCGCAUGUCCCUCGCUCGAACCAGCCUCUUCACUGUCUUCCAUGGUCAUCGUCACCGAUGAUGGUGCUGAUUCUCCUACCACAUCACUGUCUGAGUAUGCUCCGUUCGCACGAGCAUCUCAAUUUGAGAGAUUUUACGAGCAAAAUGGGCGCAGCGACCGUUCACAAGCACCCAGGCGACACGGGCAAGCUAGAAGAGCUCAAGGAAACCUCACGUCCCCUACACCGGGUCCACGCACGGCGGAGGAUGCUUUGCAGGCGUCAGUAUCAACGCAAGGUGUUAUGCCUUCGCCAUCGCAAGCAAUCGACCCUGCGGGCUGCCAGUCGGACCUCGUUUCUCGCAACCGCAAGCCCUUGAAGCCCGUGUUGUCCCAUGAUCAUCGCGAUCAUGAACUCGGCGCCAAGCAUGAAUGGUUCGUGAGACAGUCCAUUGGCUCGUCUUGUUCCUACGAAUGUACUUGUGGUAUCGUCGUGCACGAACGAAAGCAGGAGGGGCGCUGGGUCGACGCAUGCCUAUGAUGGUACUAUUGAUUUGUAAAUCCUCUCCUAUUCGACCUUCCUUCGAGUGUUUUGGAUUCGUUGUUUUGGGAAUCUCCAGCGCGUAGAGUAUACAGUACAGAUUGUUCGAUAUGCUUCGGUCAAUCAUAGUAGGUGUGUUGAUGUUACGAGACUGCGAUGCAGCAACGCAGGACGAGGUGGAAGGCUAUCUCCGGGGACCUCGUAUUCGUCCCUUUGUUGAGCGUCCGGGUCGUUGGGCCGCAUAAUUGUAUCGUAGUCAAGUUAUUCACCCCGAAGUCAUCAUGUCUCAAUCACUGCUACAAGCUAAGCAGGUACAUGUCACUCAGACGCUUCGCUGGUGUCGCCGUAACCGAGUUUACCGAGAAUUCAGCAAGGCUGCUUUUAUCCUCG